CUUCUGUUAAAUCCAACUUUCACUUUCGCCUUUUUGUUGUGAAAAUCAAGCAAAUUUAAAUCUCUCCUUUGGGUUUGGAAUAACUUUAUUUUGAAAGAAAUAAUUACAGCUAUUGGUGUUUACUAUAUUUUGUAUUUUUAAGGUACCUAAUUUAAGAUGUCGGUACCAGUAGCUUCUGUUGCAUCUGCAGGAUCUUUUAAAAAUCCCAAAUUGACAUGUAUCCCAGAUAUUCAGAUUGAUAAAAGUGGGAAAAUGAAGUAUAUUUUGAUUAAAGUACAUGAUCCAGAGAAGGAUAGAGAAUUUAAACAUAUUGUACGUGGAAUUUGUAAAGCUGAAUAUCAUGCUGAUAUAUUUGAUGAAAUCUCACCUAAUAUAGAAAGUAAAGGUUUAGAUUGUGAAUGUGUUGGUGGUGGUAGAAUACAGGUUGAUGCUUCCAAGAAAACUUUACAGAUCUAUGGUUAUUCACAGGGUUUUGGUAGAGCAGACCAUGCCAUUACGGCUAAACUUCUAGAACGUAAAUAUAAGGAAUAUGAUAUUACUUUCACAAAUGAUGGUUAUUGAAUGAAGUCAAUUUUGUUUUAUACUGUUGAAACUGUUAAUAUAUGAUGUAAUGUAUUGUGUUUUUUUAUAUAAAAAGAUUGUAUCAUUUGAUCAGACAAAAAAAUGAUCGAACAAUGCAUAUCAUUUGAUGAUUCGUUUUAGUCAUUCUAGGCCAAAAUUAGGCACAACCAUGUCAUGUAGGUAAUGACUAUUAAGGCCAUGGAAUUAAUGUCUAAAGCAGGUCCUGCCUCCAAAUUUUGAAAAAAGCUUUUGAUCUGUGGUAUUUUCUGCAGGUAUUUGCAGGAUUUGUCAGGAGCAAAUUGAAGACAAACUUGGCCUGGUCACAUUAAAAGAUUGUAAAGAAGUUCUCUAGGUCUUAUAUGUGUAUAGGGGACAAUGAUAGCAUCAAUUUGCACCAUUCCAAUUUUGUAUUAGACGUCUGUGGUUUCUUAAAUUCUAAAUUUAAACUAGAUGUUUGAUCAUGUCACUAGUCGCAAAAUAUGCUUUAU